UAUACCACUGAGCUACCUCCCCAAGUGAUUGCUUCACAGUGGAAGGAGAAGAUUUGAGGCAUGACUUUGAACGCUUACAACUGGCUAUGGAGAUGGUAGGAUUUCUUCCCAAGACACGAAGACAGAUUUUCUCUCUCCUCUCAGCAAUAUUGCAUUUGGGUAAUAUCUGUUAUAAAAAGAAGACAUACCGGGAUGACUCCAUUGAUAUCUGUAAUCCUGAAGUUCUACCUGUUGUCUCAGAAUUGCUAGAAGUUAAAGAAGAGAUGCUGUUUGAAUCAUUGGUUACAAGGAAGACGGUAACAGUAGGAGAAAAGCUCAUCUUACCAUACAAGCUGGCAGAGGCUGUGACAGUCAGGAACUCUAUGGCUAAGUCUCUCUAUAGUGCCCUGUUUGACUGGAUUGUUUUUCGAAUUAAUCAUGCACUUUUGAAUAGUAAAGAUUUGGAGCACAAUGCCAAGACUUUGUCCAUUGGUGUUCUUGAUAUUUUUGGCUUUGAAGAUUAUGAAAAUAAUAGCUUUGAACAGUUUUGUAUUAAUUUUGCUAAUGAACGUUUACAGCACUACUUUAAUCAGCAUAUCUUUAAGUUGGAGCAAGAGGAAUAUAGAACUGAAGGAAUCAGCUGGCACAAUAUAGAUUAUAUUGACAAUACUUGUUGCAUAAAUCUUAUUAGCAAAAAACCAACAGGAUUACUCCAUCUUUUAGAUGAAGAAAGCAACUUUCCACAAGCUACAAAUCAAACAUUACUAGACAAGUUUAAGCAUCAACAUGAAGAGAAUUCUUACAUCGAAUUUCCAGCUGUGAUGGAGCCUGCUUUCAUAAUAAAACAUUAUGCUGGAAAAGUAAAAUAUGGGGUAAAGGAUUUCCGGGAAAAAAAUACAGAUCAUAUGCGUCCAGAUAUUGUAGCUCUUCUGAGAAGUAGCAAGAAUGCAUUUAUCUCUGGGAUGAUUGGACUUGAUCCUGUGGCUGUUUUCCGGUGGGCAGUUCUCCGAGCCUUUUUCAGAGCCAUGGUUGCUUUCAGGGAAGCUGGGAAAAGACACGUUGAGAGAAAAAUUGGACAUGAUGAUACAGCGCCCUGUGCAAUUUUGAAAAGUGUGGAUAGUUUUAGUUUUCUCCAACACCCAGUCCACCAGAGGAGCUUAGAGAUUCUGCAGAGGUGCAAGGAGGAGAAGUACAGUAUAACUCGGAAAAAUCCCCGAACACCUCUUUCUGAUCUCCAGGGCAUGAAUACUCUAAAUGAAAAAAAUCAGCAUGAUACAUUUGAUAUAUCUUGGAAUGUUAGACCUGGGAUUCGUCAAAGCAGGCUACCAGCUAAUACCUCCUUGCUUGAUAAAGAUGGGAUAUUUGCGAAUUCAGCUGGCAGCCGACUUCUGGAAAGAGCCCAUGGAAUUCUCACGAGAAAUAAAAACUUGAAAUCCAGGCUUGCACUCCCAAAGCACCUGCUGGAUGUAAAUUCUUUGAAGCAUCUGACAAGGCUGACCCUGCAGGAUCGCAUUACCAAGUCUCUUCUUCAUUUGCACAAGAAGAAGAAACCUCCCAGCAUCAGUGCCCAGUUUCAGGCGUCGUUAAGCAAGCUGAUGGAGACACUAGGACAAGCAGAACCAUAUUUUGUGAAAUGCAUUCGCUCUAAUGCUGAAAAGCUGCCUUUAAGGUUCAACGAUGCCUUGGUACUCAGACAGCUCCGAUACACUGGAAUGCUGGAGACAGUUCGGAUUCGCCAGUCAGGAUACAGCUGCAAAUACUCUUUUCAGGAUUUUGUGAGCCACUUUCAUGUACUUCUUCCUCAAAAUAUUAUUCCAUCCAAAUUUAACAUUCAGAAUUUCUUUAGGAAAAUAAAUCUUAAUCCAGAUAGUUACCAAGUUGGAAAAACCAUGAUCUUCUUGAAGGAGCAGGAACGACAGCACUUACAGGACCUGCUUCACCAAGAGGUACUCCGUAGAAUCGUGUUGUUGCAGCGAUGGUUCCGGGUGUUGCUGUGUAGACAGCAUUUCCUUCAUCUGAGACAGGCAGCCAUUGUUAUCCAGAGAUUCUGGAGGAAUUACCUAAAUCAAAAGCAAGUCAGAACUACAGCUGUGCAGAAGGAUGCUUUUGUCAUGGCUAGUGCAGCUACUCUCCUCCAAGCUUCCUGGCGUGCUCACUUAGAGAGGCAAAGGUACUUAGAGCUACGGGCUGCAGUCAUCAUCAUCCAGCGGAAAUGGAGGAACCUCUGUAGGUACAGGCACAUGGCUGCCACCUGCAUACAGGCAAGAUGGAAGAGCUACAGGGAAAGUAAGAGAUAUCAAGAGCAAAGGAAUGCAAUUAUCCUUUUGCAGUCGACGUAUAGAGGAUUCACAGCAAGACAAAGAUUUAAAGCCAUAAAAGAACAGAAGCUAAAAGAAGCAAAACUAGAGCAUGGAUUAAUGAAUGUUAAGGUAUUUGGAGCUCUGGGAAUUCGGGGUUCAGACCCUUCAGAGUGGGAGGACCGUUCCUUUGACAGCAGAGUGAAAGCCAUAGAGGAAAGUAAAUCUGUGAUGGACAGUAAUCGUGUUGGCCAUGAUGGUUCAGUGGAGGGUGCAGAGGAGUCUCUGGACAAGAGACAGGAGAGAGCCAGAAGCCAAAGUGGUGUGGACUUACAGCAAGAGGUGAUUGUCAGAGAAAGACCCAAGUCAUUGGAAGAUCUCCAUCAGAAAAAAGUAGGCCGGGCCAAAAGAGAAAGCCGGAGAAUGAGAGAGCUAGAGCAAGCUAUAUUUAGUUUGGAACUACUGAAAGUUCGUUCUCUUGGUGGUAUGUCUCCUUCAGAGGAGCGCAGAUGGUCUACAGAACUGAUGCCUGAAGGCCUCCAGUCUCCACAGGACACUCCUGAUAGUGAAAGCUCUCAAGGAAGCUUGGAACUUCUGAGCUGUGAGGACAGCCUGAAGAGUAAGCUAGAGUCUGUAACUUUAGAUGAAGGACACUUGCAGGCUCCAUCGCCAAAGAUGUCUCACAGUCUAAAAUCUGAUUCACAGGACAAUUCGCUCGGUGUCUCAAGUGAGACCAGCUCUGUAGGGAUUGGAAAGGGAGCAUCCUCUGACUCAGAGACCUUAAAGAAUGGGACUUUACAGGAAAAGCGGGUCUGUGGUUCUGAGCCUAUCACCUGUAAGCCACAGCAGAGAGACUCAUCCAUGUCAAAUAGUUUGCCUACAUUUUUUUAUAUUCCCCAUCAAGACACCCUGAAAACAAGUUCCCAGCUAGACACUAGUGUCCAAAGAAACAAACAUUUGGAACACAACCACACAAUGGGGACAGCUCAUAUUUUAGAUUUCAGCAAAGAAGCUAGAAAGUCUCACUUCUCAGGAGACCAAGUGGUUCCUUCUUUGAAUAUGGAUUCUUCUAAUAAUGUGCUUAAGAAAUUAGAAAAACUAAACACAGAGAAGGAAGAAAGGCAAAAGCAGUUGCAGCAGCAAAAUGAAAAAGAAAUGAUGGAACAGAUUCGAAAGCAAACAGAUAUUCUGGAAAAGGAGCGCAAAGCUUUCAAGACAAUCGAAAAGCCAAGAGGUGGCGAGUCUUUCCUGCCACCAUCAUUCUGUCAGUCAAAGCCAAGAGCAGAAAGGCCAACCUCUCUAUUUAUUCCAAGUGCCCCAAAUAAGGGAGAACCCAGUGGACUAGGAUCCCCAUCAGUACUUGUAAAAGAUUCUGGUUUUGCCCCCAAAGACAGUUCUUCUGCUCAUUUACCCCUUCAGGACCGACCUGUCACACUUUUCUUUGAAAGAAAAGGAAACCCCUUCCAAUCUAGUAGUGUCAAAGAAUUGUGCAAAACAGAAAGAAUGGGCACCCAGCAGGAUAUUACCAGCAAACACACUAAUAAUCGCAUCUCAAAAAGAGAACACCUUAGACCAGGUCAGUCUUAUGACCACAAGCUUGAAGACCCUUCCAGAGAAGGAACUACAAGGGCCAUUUUCUUCACAUCAAAGGACAAUGCAAGUAUUCCUGUUAUCAAAAAGGAAGCAUUAAGAAUUGGAAAUCCUCAGGUUCAUAAACAAGAUGAAACAGCUUGGAAACCUCUGAAGUUAGCUGGGCCAGGUCAGCGAGUGCAGGUUGCCAGACCGGCCCAUAAAAAGAAAGCUCGAAUGGCGCGGACGCGCUCCGAUUUCUUGACUAGAGGUACUUUUGCCGAUGGGGAGGGGGACACAGAGGAAGAUGAUUACGAUGACAUAAUUGAGCCCCAUCUCUCCCAUGACCAAGCUUCUCACUCUGAGCUAGGGUCUGCAUCCAGCCUGGGUCAGGCCUCUCACAGUGACUCCGAAAUGACAUCACAGCGGUUUUCUUCAGUUGAUGAACAGACAAAGAUUCAUAAGACCAUGUCUCAAGGAGAGAUUACAAAGUUGGUGGUGAGACAGAAGUCUUCAGAUUCAGAUAUAAGGCCUCAGAGGGCUAGGAUGAGGUUCUGGGCCAAAGGGAAACAAGGGGAAAAGAAGUCUACAAGAGUAAAACCUGCCACCCAGUCAGAGGUUUCAACACUCUUUGCUGGCUCAGAUGUGAUUCCAGCUCAUCAGUUUCCAGAAGUUGUGGAAUUACCUCAGUACCAUCCAACACCUCCUUUGAGCCCAGAACUGCCUGGCAGUUGCCAGAAGGAGUUCAAAGAGAACAAAGAACCUUCUCCAAAAGUGAGACGUAGGCGAAGUGUAAAGAUCAGCAGUGUGGCUGUGGAUUCCAUCCAUUGGCAAAAUGACUCUGUCCAAAUCAUAGCAAGUGCCAGUGAUUUAAAAAGCAUGGAUGAAUUUCUUCUGAAAAAGAUGAAUGACCUCGAUAAUGAGGACAGCAAGAAGGAUACAUUAGUAGAUGUUGUAUUUAAAAAGGCCCUGAAAGAAUUUCGGCAGAAUAUCUUCAGCUUUUAUUCAUCUGCGUUGGCGAUGGAUGAUGGGAAGAGCAUACGGUAUAAAGACCUCUAUGCACUGUUUGAGCAGAUCCUGGAAAAGACCAUGAGGCUUGAGCAGCGUGACUGGAGUGAAUCUCCAGUGAGAGUUUGGGUUAACACCUUUAAAGUAUUUUUAGAUGAAUACAUGAAUGAAUUCAAGACUUCUGAUAACAUGGUCACCAAGGUGCCAAAGGCUGAAAGAAAGAAAAGAAGGAAAAAAGAAACUGACUUGGUGGAAGAACACAAUGGUCAUGUCUUUAAGGCCACCCAAUAUAGCAUCCCUACAUACUGUGAAUAUUGUUCUUCUUUGAUAUGGAUAAUGGACCGAGCCUCAGUUUGCAAAUUAUGUAAGUAUGCUUGCCAUAAGAAGUGUUGUCUGAAAACCACAGCCAAGUGCUCUAAAAAGUAUGAUCCAGAACUGUCACCUCGACAAUUUGGGGUUGAACUCUCCCGUUUGACCAAUGAGGACCGAACUGUUCCUUUAGUAGUAGAAAAGCUCAUAAACUACAUUGAAAUGCAUGGACUUUAUACAGAAGGUAUUUAUCGCAAGUCUGGCUCGACUAAUAAAAUCAAGGAGCUUCGACAAGGUCUAGAUACAGAUGCUGAGAGUGUAAACCUAGAUGACUACAACAUUCAUGUCAUUGCAAGUGUGUUCAAACAAUGGCUUCGAGAUUUGCCCAAUCCACUCAUGACCUUUGAACUCUAUGAGGAAUUUCUUCGAGCUAUGGGUCUUCAGGAGAGGAAGGAGACAAUCCGCGGGGUGUACUCUGUGAUUGACCAGCUCUCCCGAACUCACCUCAAUACACUUGAACGCCUCAUCUUUCACCUCGUAAGGAUUGCUCUACAGGAAGACACUAAUCGAAUGUCUGCUAAUGCUUUGGCCAUUGUGUUUGCACCAUGCAUUCUCCGCUGCCCUGACACAACUGACCCCCUACAAAGUGUUCAGGACAUCAGUAAGACCACCACCUGUGUGGAGCUGAUUGUUGUGGAGCAAAUGAAUAAAUACAAGGCUCGUCUCAAAGACAUCAGUAGCUUGGAAUUUGCUGAAAAUAAAGCAAAGACCAGGCUAUCGCUGAUUCGUAGAUCAAUGGGAAAGGGUCGUAUCCGUCGAGGAAACCAUCCAAGUCCAUCCUCUCCUGUUGUAGUACAUUUGCCUUCCAUGUCUGAUGUCCCAGAAGAGACCUUGGGUACUGAGGCAGCCAUGGAGACUGACGUCACAGAACAGCAGCAAGCAGCCAUGCAACAGGAAGAAAGAGUUCUGACUGAGCAGAUUGAGAACCUACAGAAAGAGAAGGAGGAGCUAACGUUUGAGAUGCUCGCACUGGAACCCCGUGCCUCUGAUGAUGAAACCCUCGAGUCUGAAGCCUCUAUUGGGACUGCUGAUAGCUCAGAAAAUUUGAAUAUGGAGUCUGAAGGAAACAUGUGCGAGAGAUCAGAGAGAAGCUUAGGCCUUGGUUCCCUAAAGGCAGCUGCUAAGUCUGAACCUUCAGCUAAAAUGCGAAAGCAGCUAAAAAAGCAGCAAGACUCUUUGGAUUCUGUAGAGUCCACGUGUCUGUCCAACACUACAUCAUCUCAUGGCACCAGAAAACGCUUUCAGAUUUAUUCUAAAUCUCCAUUCUACCGAGCUGUCUCUGCUGGUGAGGUCCCAGGAAUGGAAGGACCAUUGAGCCAGGCCAAAGCCCUGGAAGACAGGCCUCAGUUCAUCAGCAGAGGAACGUUUAACCCUGAAAAGGGCAAACAAAAAUUAAAGAAUGUGAGAAACUCACCUCAGAAAACCAAAGAGACCCCUGAGGGGACAGUUGUGUCUGGCCGCCGGAAACCUGUGGACCCCGACUGCAGCUCUGCCCAGCAGCUGCCUCUCCUUGGAAAUAACGAGUUUAUGGUCUGAACUGGUGCUGUGUGUCCCCUCACAGUGGUGAGCACACAUCACCUCUUUGGGGCCUCACAGUGCCACAGUCGUCCUAAUUAUGAUCCUGCCUCUGGGCUCAGCAUACAGCUGCAACCUUUGUGCUGAAUUCCUAGGCCUCCAGCACAAGUAGAAAGGCCUCCUCGAAGCUUGUUGGGAACAGUGGCCCCUGUGCCUUGGCUGCUGAAUUUGAAUCGUGAUUUCACUAAACAAAGCCACCUAGGCCUGGGGAUUUUGGUCAGUGAUAGUUUUCCCUCCCCACCUUUCUUUACCUUCUCAGAGAUAGAUGUUGAAUAGCUGGAGGAAACUGGACCUAAAGGACCCUCUGAUUUCCAACGUUGGAAGGAAACAUAAACCUUUGUUAACCAUGACAGCAGAAAGCCUGCAGGUUUGUUUUGAGAUUAAAGAGCUGGGGUGGAAUAUAAUUUUUCCCCAAACAUUCACAAGCAAAAGCCUUUAGCCCUUUAUUUUCAAACAUUUGAAAAACACUCCAUAUUCUUUCUAGGGAAAGUGAAAAAAGCUAUUGUUUCCAUUAAGCCAUUAGAGCAUGUAUGAGAUACCUGGUUAUACAAUAAAAACAAAAAUACAUGCUUUGUUUUUGAUGUCAAAAUAAUGCUGGUUUAACUCCUGGUUAGUUCCUGCCAAAUCUGUUGCAUGAGAUGAAGUUGCAUUAGCCAUACUCUUCUCAUGUUUCCUGUUCCUAAGGUCAGAUUCUUUAAGGUUCUUUUUUUUUUUUUAAAUGUCCCAGAGACAUUUAAGUGAUCCCUAAAUAUGAAGGUUUCAUCCUAAUCCAGCGAGAUAUUUCACUUUGUAUAAAGUAAGCUAAAGACUGUACAUGAGCCUAUACAUCUGCUGGUGGAUUCCCACCAUGGACUCAGUGUGACCAUUUAAUCACUUGACCCCCCCCCAACACAAUACUGCAUGAAUAAGUGUUAUAGAAAGCUGCCAAAAUUCAAAGGCUUCUAUAUGACCCACCUAGCUUCUACUUUAUUUCCCUCAGACCAUCAGUAUUAAAUAGAAGAAAAAAAAUCAAGGACUACUUGAAGCUAUUUUUGUUAAUAUACUGGUUACUGAAGUUUACUGUAAAUAUGUGUAUAGUAUAUCUUAGUAUAUCUAUUUCUUUUUAACCUUGUGCUUCCCAGGGAAUUCCUUCCUCAGCUCCGAUGCUGUUGGGUAGGGAGUGAGAGCCACUCAUCCCCAGGUUGAAGCAGAGUAUGGCCAUCUUUUUUACCACUGAUGGUCUCUACACUCCUAAGUUACCACGACAUUUGAAGCAUCUUAACAUUUGUGUGAUGGAAACUGUUUUUGCUAUUUAUAAUGUAUAAAAAAAUGGAACCCUUUCUUGAGUUAAGUUUGUGAAAAUGUUUAUUUUUAAAGUUAACUACAUGCAUCUUGUCUAACUACCACAUGUACUGUUCUGUAUAAGAGCCUUUACCACCUGUAACCUGAAUUUUGGUUAUUCUUUUCAUACUUCUUUGAUUUGAAGUUAUAGAAAUACUGAGUUUUGUUCAGGCAGAGUCUCUCCUGUUACACAACACUGAACCUCAUGCCAUUGCCUCAGCGGUCCUUGGCCAACCCCCAUGGUCAGAUCAGAGCAUCAUUGUGCGGAGCAGCUUAAAGGUGGCAUGCAUGUCCCCUUCUGGCUUUGGUUCAGAAUUGAGCCAGGGAAAGGAAGGCCACUGAAGCUCCAGAACGGUGAGUCCACAGAUACAAGGUUUUGUACUUCAUGAACAUCUGCCACCUGUCCUACAUGGUGCACAUCAACCUUUCAAAGUGAAUUUCAAAGAUGGAUGUGGUGUAUGUGCCUGUGGUUCCAGUUAUGCAGGAAACUGAGGCAGGAGGAUUGCUUGAGCUCAGGCAUUUACAGUCAAUCUGGGCAACAUAGCAAGACCCCAAAAGCAAACAAAGUAGGAAUAUCAGAGACUAUCCUAGAGGGAAACCCCCAGCAUGGCUGUGUGCAAGGGGUGCUGCUUCCUGGGCCCAUGCUCAGCCGCACUUUGAAUAUUCUUGGGAGAGGAGUGCACUACUCGGCAUUGACUGUUACUUUCCACUUGGUCCACAAUGUUGUUAAAACCUUUUCUUUUUAAAGAGAGAGAUUGUCCUUGAGAACAGUUUCCUUUUUCCCAGAGGGAUGACCCAGGAAACACAUCUUCACACGUGUUCUCCUGUCUAAAUCCUGUGGGUGUUUUUUUUCUAAGAUAAGCUUUUGGCAAUUAAAAAACCAUUUAUAUAGGUCACUUUAUAGGAACUAGUUGAUGGAUGUUAAGAGACUUUAUAAUUUUUCUCAGGGACCUAAAACCUGAAUUUGGAUAAAAAUAAAUAAAAAAAUUGUUUUUGGUUGCUAGA